AGCUUUGUAAGUAUUUUUGUCUAUUUGACUGCAUAUUCGGAGUGUUAGUGUUUAUAAUUAUAAAAACACAGGCAGUUUCUGAGGAAGUAACCGGCACGGAUACUAGGGCCGCAGCCAUUGCUGAACUAAUGGAUUCAUCGAGUGAUUCCAGCGAUAGUGAGAUGUUUGAAGCAACUUUAGCACAAAUAAGUCACAGGCAGAUUGUUCUCUUUAACGAAGUGGCAAAACUCUUUCUGAAACAAACGAGGAAUAGCAUAAAAAACUAUUUAGUAGAUGUGAUGCCUAUGUAUUCGGAAUAUGAGUUUAGACAACACUUCCGUAUAUCAAAGCAGCUAUUCACCAGCUUGGCAAUGCGGUUGGAAGUAAACGAAAUAUAUACGAGAUUGCGAUCAGAUAAACGCCUUCCAGCCACAAGUUAUAUGGCAAUAUUUUUAUGGUUCGCUGGCCAUGAAGCGUGUAGUUAUCGAGAUCUAUCUGAUCGCUUUGAUAUUGCAAUUUCAAGCGUUUCUCGUAUCAUCGAAAGAACUACAAUGUUCAUAAGCAGCUUAAGUCCAGAAGUCAUUAAAUGGCCGAGUGAGGUGAAAAAACGUGAAGCUGCAAACUUUUUCAAUAAUAAAUGCGGAUUUGCAAAAGCAAUAGGGUGCAUAGACGGAACGCAUAUAACAAUUGAUCCGCCGGCCGAAAACAAAGAUGAAUACAUUGACCGAAAGGGCAACAUGUCUUUGUGCGUGCAAGCUAUAUGUAACGAUGAAAAGAAAUUUAUAGACGUUUUCGUAGGAUUUCCUGGUUCGAGCCAUGAUAGCUGGGUUUUCCAAAAUUCGCCUACAUAUGAAAAUUUGUCAUCUCUGUGUGGAGGUAAUAUAUGGUCAAAAGCAAUAAUCGCUUCAGUGGGAAGGCCGCCUUUACUGUAG